AUGAAGUCUCUGAUUUUCCUAGGACUCAUUGCGAUCGUUCGGGCGGCUCCGGGAUACUACGGUGAUCACGGACUCUCGUACGUUGCUGCCGCUCCCGCUCCGAUCGUAAAGUACGCUGCACCGGCUGUUUCCGUUGUACACGCCGCACCGGCUCCGGUGCUAAAGUAUGCCGUUGCUCCGGCUCCUAUCGUGAAGGCGGUAGCUCCGGCCGCCACCAGCUAUGCCACCAUUCAUCAGGUUCACGCACCCGUUGUACAUGCCGCUCCGGUGGUGAAGUAUGCCGCACCUGCUCCGGUAGUUUCUUACGUCCAUUCGGCACCGGUCGUUGCUCACGCUCCAGCUCCACUGCUCAAGUACGCACCGGCUUACCAUGGAUGGUAA